UGCAGCAUACAAUGAAUAAAAACAGUGGUCAAGACAGUGAUUAUUGUAACCUCUCAAACAUUAAAUAAGACAACCUUUAAAGUUUUACUCCAAUUGCAUAGAUAUUGAUAAUAACUCCUUAGUAUCUUUUAAUUAUGCUGAGCUGUAAAGUAUAACCACCAUACAAACUCAGAGUUGCAUGGGCAAAAGGGCAAAACACUCAAAUCAUCAGUUGUUUACUUGCUUUAUUAUUCUUCCCUGUAUUCUUAGUAGGAUUUCAUUUGACUUUUUAAUAUGUAUGAACUUGUUGUAACCCUCUCCUCUUUGUGGCUGCACCAUCUGUGCAUCAGUCAGGUGUGAAGAAGAGUCAGUGCUAUGUUUCACAAAUGAUAUUUGAUAGGACACAGACACCAUACUGGGCCCAAGUGAGAACCAAUGAAAGCUUGUUUUCUGAAAAAAGACCCCAACCUCUGUAGACCUCAUGCCUAUACGAAGAACUGAGCUUUCACUAAAGGAUCUUCUCUUGAAAAUUAAAUAACAGUGUGUCAUCUUGGGGGAAAUUAUAGCUUUGAAUCACAUCAAGAAGGUAGUGUCUUGUCUUUUAGUAUUACAUAUUUUUGCAGUUUAUGGACCUUGUCAGAUACCAUGUGCUAGACGAUUCCUUCUAUGUAAUGGUUACACUAUACACUGUUACAGUUUUUUUGCUUGGAGGUGUAAAGGUAGCCCAUCAGUAGUGAUGUGUGUUUCAGUGAAUGGAGUAUUUGAAUUAUUACAUUGUUAGUGACAGCACGACUCACUGAGGUCUAUUUAUAGUCAAAACAGCACAAAGUUAUUGUUUUAAUUCGUAGUGUCAUUUGUCUGAAUAUAUGCAAUUCAAACAUAGAAAUCUAAAAGAUUAAGUUUUAAUUUCUUAGAGCUUUCCUAAUAAGAAUUUUGAUGAUGGUUGUUAUUCAUAUUAUGCUAAUGAACUAUGACUAAAGUUCACCAAGAGCCUCCUGGGAAAUAACACCACUGAGAAUUAAUCAAUCAAAGGGCUAUAUUGAGGUACCUGAGAAUACCCAGCCAAGGGCUACAGACAACAAGGGCGACGGAGCAGGAUAUACAUGGCGCCCCCUGCUGAAGACUACUACUGCUGCCAGUUCCAGCCAAACACCUUUGACCCCUCCCGCUGCAGCUCCUGCCUGCGACCAGAUCACAUGCACCUGAGCACCAAUAUCACUGCAGCUGCACAACGGGACAGCGCAGAGGAGUGGGAUGUAUAUGAUGAUGAUCUGUCUGAGGUGACCACAAGUGCCAGUAGUGAUGACCUCAGUGGUGGCUGGACCUAUGACUGGAGUCUGGUCCAGAGUUCUGAGUGGGAACCUAAUAUCUGUGACACUGACAUACAACCCAGCUCCCCAAAUCCGUGGGAUUGUCCAGAGAGGACCAGAUCCCUCAGCUUACAGAGGCACUCUGUGGCACAAGGAGAUAUGACCCAGCUGGACCCUUCUCCCCACCAAGGCACAGAAAGUUCCUGGAUGGAUGAGAGGAGGGGCAGAAGCAGGUCCCACUGGGCAGGAGAGUCCAGACGAGACAGGGAACAGGAAAGCGGUUACUUCUCUCCAGAGAGAAGACGUGAUGAUGAAUGGCAAACGAAGGAAGUAAACACGCGGCCAUAUCGUUACUAUGAGAAGGGACAUCCCCUCCCCGGCAACUAUGUUCUGGAGCCCAAAGCCUGUGUCCCUUACAGAAAUGUCAACCUUGGUUUACCCUCCAGAAGGAGGAACUCAGAGACGUAUAUACAGGGAACUUGGAGAAGUGAAUCCCCACAUAAGUACACUUACCACUCCAACUUUAGGAAAGGAACCAACUCACAGAGAAAUUCUCCAACACGUUACAACUCUGUGAGUCCAGACCACUACAAGGUAAGUGAAUCAUCUCCUGCGGGAACUCAGAGAGGGAACUCCCUCUCUAGGAGUCAUGCCUCAUCUCACGGCUCCUCUCAGCUCCCAUUGCAUGCUCCUUCUCGGCAUACAUCAGGCAGGUCCAGUCCAUCUUGCAGAAGGGGGUCCACUGCCUCUCGGACCACCUCACCCCGAAGGGCCACUCCUUCUCACUGGCACACAGACUCCUUCCAUUCACAGAAUGGAGAUUAUUGUGCCCAAAAUGAAUGCAGCCAGGAGUUCAGGAGUCCAUCACAGACUUCAAACCAACACAGUUUAGACUCUGAGAAACUCUACAGGAAUUUGGAGUCUAUCUCUUAUCGUGGCUCCUCAGCUGUUCAGCAGAACUUAUAUGAGAGAUCUCAAGCAUCUCCAAGAACAAGAACAACUGUCAACAGCUCAGCCAAUACUCACACUCGUAACAGCCGGGAAAUAUCACCAUCCAGAAACAGCUAUGGUACACACGGUCACACACCACAGAGGGAGCCCCACUCCAGAGACAGUAGAUCAAGUCCUUGUCAAGGUUCCUGGCAGGGGUCCUCACACUCCUUACUCAGCCUCCCACCGUCUCGUGGUUCUUCCACAUCAAGAAGAGGUGCAGGCUCUCAGGUGCUUGAUGCUUCAGCAUUACAUGUUGCAAACACAGAAAAUGAUCAUGGCAUUGAGGGGAAUAAUACGGUCAGUGGUGACAGAAGCAGGAGCAACAUGAGACGAGGCAUGGAGGCCUUGUUGAUCUCUGAACCCAAGAAUGCAGCAAUAGAAGUUGAGGAGGUGGGGAUGACCAUAGAGGACUACAUAGUGUUAGCUGAUAUUCCAAAAAUCCAGAUGGAGUCAGAAGAAGAGUUUCCAGCAAUGAGGAGGAGGAACCAGAGUCCCAGCCCAUGCAGGGAUCACAGACUCAGGAUGUACAACUAUCAAGAUGAAAUAAAUAUCUACAGUUCAAGGCCUGAGCCAGAUGAGAGGGGGAAAGUCAGAGAGAGAGGCAGAGACAGACGAGAGAAACACCGGAACUCUGAGAACGGACGAUUAUCUCGAAGACAGUCAACAACAUCUCUUCAUACACAGAGUUCAGAUGAUCAAAGUGGAAAGCACAGAUCCCCAAAGCUGAAGGAGCGAGCUCGCCCUGAAUGUACGCAAAUGCAGGGGUGGAUGUCCAGACUGGAUGAUCAUGGCAAGUGGAAGAAACACUGGUUUGUUCUGGGAGAUACUUGGUUGAGGUUCUACAGAGACUCUGAGGCUGAGGAGUCAGAUGACCUGGAUGGAGAGAUCGACCUGACAUCCUGUGUGAAUGUGUCAGACUGUGAUGUAGAGAGGAAUUAUGGGCUCCAAAUACAAACAAAGAGAGCAGUGUUCACACUUUCUGCUAUGACCUCCAGAAUACGGAGGAACUGGGUGAAGAUACUAAAGGAGGCAAUCCAGAGUAACGCACGCCAAUCAGAAACCAGCAGCGAGAAAGAGAACCCCCUCCCCCAGAGACCGUUGUCAUACCAACCUACCGCUCAGUUCACCUGCACGGACUCCGUCUAUGACCCUACCACUUCCACCAUCACAGAUGCAAACUCCCAUCAGGCCGAUCACCACUAUCACACAGUAGACAGAGAUCUGGACUCAGACCUAUCUCCAGCCAGCCAGAGAGGAGAAGGGGAGGGCUGGGACCGCGAGCAAGCAAAGCGAUUGGAGGAGAGGAACAAGUGGUUUGAGAAGGGGGUCCCCCUCAGUGAAAUGGGCAGCAGGUGGGACUCCAUGGAGCUGAAAAAGGGGAGUGUACCUGUGCCUGUUAUAGAAACCAAGGAUUCAGAGGUCAGCAUGUAGUGGGUAGAAUUUGAGACACU